UCGACUAAAGAGCGUCACCUCAGAGCAGACGCUCUCUAACAGCCUCAGGUCUGCAGCAGGACUUCAGACUCUUGUCCACGAUGAACAGAAGAACUCAGCAGGAAAUGGAGGAAAUUGAAGAACAAGAAGAUGACUAUGUUAAUGCCUCAAGAGGCGCUGUGGAUAAAAAGAGAACCCGUCCAGGCCAGAGGUUUUUUCUUCUGAUAGCAGUGUGUUGGCUCAUACUGUUAGCCAUCAUGGGUCUCCGUAUCUACUUGACCUCUGAACUUUCAGGAAACAAUGCCGAGCUGUACUCACGAAUCCAGGAGCUGGAGACAAACUGGAAAGAGCACAACGCCAGUCGAGCUCAGUGGAGCAUCGAUUCCUACUGCUUAGGAAACACCGAUAAAAAGUGUCUACCUUGUCAGAAGGGCUGGUGGCUCUCUCAGCCCAGCUGCUAUGCGUUCAAUAACCCAAAACAGAAAACAGGGAAAACCUGGGAAGAAGCUCGAGAAGACUGCAAAGGAAAGAUUUCAGAUUUGGCUGUUGUACAUGAUCCUGCUGAAAAGGAAGCCAUCAAUGCUAACAGCUUUGGAACUAAUGUAUACUGGAUUGGUCUGAGAGUUGAAGAUGGGAAAUGGAAGUGGGUGGAUGGAAGUGAUCUGACUGAUAGCUCCUGGAUACCAGCUCCUGUUGAAGGUCACUGUGCAAUGUUUUACAACGGCAGAGACACAUGGUUAUCAUGGAGCUGUGAUUAUAAAGGCCCAUGGAUCUGCCAGAAGAAGGCUCUGUCUGUUUAAACAAAUCAGUCAUACUAAGAAGGUUUCUGGAAACUCUUUGAAAAAAAGAUGAAUUACUUCAUUACUACAAAAAAUAAAACAAAAAAAGUAUAAAAAACAGUAAUUCCAGAAACGUUUCACAAACUCGAUACAAACAAUAAAACACAAAAGUUAACUCAUGUGGAUUAUUUUAAAAUCAAUGUACUUUUAGUUUGACUUAAUUUCUAUGGAGCUUGCUAAAUUAAUGCAAAUAUUUCUUUCUUUAACAUUUUUAUGGUGUUUUUAUCAGAUAUGGAUGGUUAAAAUAGUUAUUCUGUUUUGUGUGAAUAAUGUUAUUCUAUUGUGUUAGAGAUGCAAUGCUUAAACUCUGCAGAUUAUUGCAAAGAUUAUGGACCAUUUUAUUUGAUUGCUUCUACCGGCCAACAGAGGGCGCUGCAUCACUUGUUCUCAAUACAAUGUUCCAGAGUCUGUUUAAUAACUAUUUUCAAGAUUCAAGAUUCAAAGGUUUAUUGUCAUGACAUUUAGAAACUACGGUGUAAUUAUGUAAUGUAUAAAAAAUGUGAUCGCAGGUUCCUUAACAGUGCAAUUAACAAGACGUAAGAAAUACAUAUAACAAACAACAAUACAAAUAGAAAUAGUGCAAGCUCAGGUGUUUAAUAGUCUAAUGGCCAGUGGGAUGAAACUGUCCCUGAUACUAUUCUGAUGACGCACACUUUAUGGAUGAUUUGUAUCUAUCUGUAUUUCUAUCUAUGAGCAAUGUCUUGUUUUACUCUGUUGUCACCAGUGAAUAAAUGUGCUGCCACACA